AAAACAUGACACACACACACAGAGGUACACACCUAUAGGUUUGGUUGGCCUGGCCUACCCGACUGGCUGAGCGGGUCUGUGCCCACACCCUUCCCUGCUCGCUGGAGGAGAGAGCUGUCAGUGAACACCUCCCCUGAAUGUGUGUGAAUGUGUGUGUUUAUUGACUGAACUCACAAUCAGUCAGCCGAAAUCACCAGCACUGUUCAGUACAUCUGACAUUAAUAAGGUGUCUUUUGAAGCGGUUUUUAGAACUUUUUGACUAAAGAAUGUCCAAAGAGGCGGACAGACAGUCGGUUUUGCGGACCACAAAGGUCCGCACCGCUCUGAAAGGAGACAACAGCUGGAUACAGAGACGAGAGCAAGAAAAUCUUGAGAAAGAGGAGGAGCAGAAACCGUGGAUCACUGAAGUGCGAGCGAAGCGCUCAAAUGGUGUGUUUGAAGAAACAAGUACUGUUUCCUCACCCACGGCCAAUGAGCCCCAGCCCAGACCCGACACAGACAAACCAAAAACACCUACAUCUGGAUACUUAAUCAGAGGGGUAUUCACAAAAACUGAUUCCAAGCCAACAUCAACUUCAUCCACCAAUGGAUAUGCUGGAAUAAAUAACUUCAACAAAAAGCCAUCUGAGAGUUACAAGAAAAUAGCCCCCCACACAAUUCGGUCCAGCAGUGAAAAGACAGUGCAGUCUGAACCAACUCUGAGUCCAGACGAAAUGGAAAAGAGGACAGAGGCAGCCAGCACUGUGCUGAAGGCCUCGGCACCAAAUCGACGCUCAUACGUAAUGUCAGCUGCAAAGAAAUACGGAUCUACAGAGAAGCCUGACAGCCCUGCUGAUAUCAGCACUUCUUCCUUUGUUGCCAAAAGGGUAGAUAUCAGUGAUUAUGACACUACAGCAUCUGUUAAGUCUGUGCCUGUGCAAAGUGUUAAUUCAAACACUGAACCAGUGGUGAAGGAGGUCCAGCCAGCAGCACCUGAGACUAAAUCUGCACCUAAGCCUACACCUGAGACUAAACCUGCAUCUGAAACAAAAACAACAAUUGAACCCAAACCCACAAUAGGCUCUAAACCAGCACCUGAAACUAAGCCAGUGGCUGAAACUAAACCUACAACACAAACUAAAAUAACCGAAUCGAACACAUCAGAAUCUAAACCAGUGCUAGAAAACGCAACACAGCCUAAAACAGCAUCUGAGUUUAAAUCAGCUUCACAACCUAAACCUGCAGCUGAAACUACAACAACAGCUGAACCUAAACCAGAACCAUAUACUAAAACUAAAAAACCUAUAACACAGACUACAACAGCAACUGAUCCUAAACCCACACCAGAGCCUAAACCAGUUGAAACUAAACCUACCACACAAACUACAACAGUAACAGAACCUAAACCAGUUGAAGCUAAACCUGUAACAACUGAAUUUAAACCAGCAAUUGAAACUAAAACAGCAACUGAAACUAAAACAGAAACUAAACCUACAACACAAACUACAACAGCAACUGAUCCUAAAUUAGUGGCUGAAACUAAACCUAAAACACAGACUACAGUAGCGAGUGAUCCUAAACCCACAUCAGAAAUUAAACCAGUUGAAACUAAACCUACAACAACAACCGAACCUAAACCAGUUGAAACUAAAACAGCAACUGAAACUAAAUCAGUUGAAACUAAAACUUUCACAAAAACUAUAACAUCAACUGAUCCUAAACCCACAGCAGAGCCUAAACCAGUUGAAACUAAACCUACAACAACAGCCGAACCUAAACCAGCAAUUGAAACUAAAACAGCAACUGAAACUAAAACCUUCACACAAACUAUAACAAAAACUGAUCCUAAACCCACACCAGAGCCUAAACCAGUUGAAACUAAAACAGCAACUGAAACUAAAUCAGUUGAAACUAAAACCUUCACACAAACUAUAACAAAAACUGAUCCUAAACCCACACCAGAGCCUAAACCAGUUGAAACUAAAACAGCAACUGAAACUAAAUCUGCAACUCAACCCAAACCAGCACCCGAAUCCAAGUCUGAACCAGUUCCAGAGAAAAGCCUGUCUGACACCCUGAUAUCCUUCAGCACAGAGCCUGCCAGUUCUGGCCAAGCGGAUCCGGGAGUAGAUCUUCUCAGUCAGGAUCUGCUCACAGACAGCAGUUCUGUGCCUCAGACGAAGAAGACACAUAAAACUCUGGACCUGCUCGCAGAUGAUCUCAUUCCCUUCAGUACUGCUACCACCAGCUUAGAUGAUGAGUUUGAUCCAAUAGCAGCAUCGAGUGAGCCCACAAAGAGCCCUCACUGGUACAGUCCUCCUAAACCGGACUCGAGAUCCAUGGAUACAUUCAAUCAUUUUCAGCAUCCUGUGGAUUUGGUUGCUGAUGUGCCAGCAGAUGUUUUGGUUUCCUUGACUGAAGAUGACAUUUCAUUUGAUCCUAAAAGGGACUGGGAGACUAACAUGGAAACUUACAAAACCAGCAUCAAAACAGUGCAGAGUUCAGUCCAGGAGAAGUUACCAGAAUCCGACUCCAAGAAGGGCUUCGUCUUUGUUAAGGAAUAUGUGAAUAACUCGCCUCUUGAUGGCAGCAGCUCUGACUAUGUGUCAUCAACAACCUCUAACUACAACUACAGCAGCCCCAGCUAUUACUCCAGAAGAGAGAUGACUCCCUGUACAUACUGUGGAGAAAUGGUGGGAACUGACGCCAAAAUCACCAUUGAGCACCUGAACAUAUCCUGUCACCCAUCCUGCUUUAAGUGUGGUAUUUGCAGUAAACCAAUGGGGGAUUUACUCUACAACAUGUUUCUCCACCGUGGGACGGUCCAUUGUGAGAGCUGCUAUUCCAAUGUGCUAUAAGAUCUGCUUGAAAUAUCCCUCAACAGUAUGACAAACUUGAAUGAAUAGGAAUUAGACUUGUUACUGACACGAAACACAUUCCUCCUUACUUUUCCUCUUUGAUACCGCUGACAGAAUACCUUCAAAAUAUGUGCAUUAAGAGGUUUUCUUGUGCUAGGAAUGCUUGUUGCAGGGCAUUUUUUUUAGAUUCUGCCGCAUUAAAUGUUUAGUCAAGACAAUAAGAAUUAAUAUCUUUGUUUUAUUUAAUCAUCAGAAACCAUUUGAAUGAAAUAAUUUUACUGUUUCAGUAGCAUUGUUAUGGAACUAUGUAUCCUGCAAAUUCACAAUUAAAGAAAAAUCCUCAUCAAUAAA